GAGUGCAAGGCAUUUGCGUUCUUUGCAUGGAAGUCCUAAUAAAGGUAUCUUCGUGUCCUCUGGCUGGGAGGGAGUGGAGGCUGGCUGGCUUGUUCCCUCCCUUUCCUUCCUUCCUUCUCUCUUCUGUCAGUUUCCUUGGGACUUGGACGCCUGAAGCUCCAGAUGUGGGGCGGAGUUGUCCCAGCAGCAGAGCCCACAACACCCCGGCCUGAGCCGCAAGUGCACUUUGUUCAGAGGGAGCUCAUUUUUGCCUUCCUCAGAGGCUGAGAGUGUGUGACUUACCAAUGAGCAAGGAUUUGAGCCUGAUCACCAGAGUCACAGCCCAACACUUGAAUAUCUUGUUGAAAACAGAAACCUAAUUCUGGAGAGCUAUCACUUCUAGCAGUACAUAUUUCAAGAAGCAGCAGGGAGGGAAACAAGCUAAUGAAGGAAACCUCUGGCCUUUGGACACAAAGAAACAAAUUGCUUGUCAGAAAACACCCUUGAGAAUGUUUACCUUCAAUAGCAAAUCCUUGUCAUUAUGAGCAAUUAUUUCUGGAGUUCAUUCAUUAAUGUUUCCUUCUUAAUUCUCUGCUCAUAUCUCCUAGAAGUACAGACUACACGAUUUCCUUAUUGGGAACCAGUGUUAGAAGAUUUAAAACAGAUCAUUAAAACUCCUCCAAAGAUUGAUACUUCAUUAUAUACUGCAAGCUACUUUGGUCAUUGCAAAAUAUCCGUGGUGAGAUGUUUUUAUCUUGAGAUGAAUGUGCUUUACUAUGAAGCUGGCAUUGGAGGAGACAGCAAUGUUUACAACAGUACGCAGCGGGUUUUGAGAACGAUUGAAAGAUUUUUAGAAGGCAAACAGGAGAAAGAAACAUCACAGUGCAAAGAAUGUGAAAAUUUUGAAGAAAAACAAUACACAGAAUUUAUAGAAGAUUUUCAGAAUAUUGUAAGGCAAUUUCAUAGAGAAGAGGAAUAGAAAAAGUACGUAAUUCCCCCCACAUCACAAGAAGGAAAUAAUUUCAGUUGUUUCCUAGAAGAAUGUAAUGUGAUCAAAAUGAAACAAGGAGUGCAAAGGCUUUGCUAACCUGAGAAUAAUCUUGCAGUUUCUUGGUCUUUAGGAUGCAUUACAGAGAUUGCCCAUUUAUAUAACAGAACUGAGACUAGCACAGCAUAAAUAAAUAUACGAGUUUUUCUUGGACAGUGGUCAACCCAAGUAACCUAAACAAUAAAAGUCAGGAGCAGAAGUACAAUAAUAGAAUCAUGGAGAUGUAAGGGGCUAUAAGGGCCAUCCAGUGCAAUCAGCAACCAAGCAGGAACACCCAAUCAAAGCACUCCUGACAGAUGGGCAUUUAGCCUUUGCUUAAAAACCUCUAGAGAUGGAAACUCCACCACACGAUGAGGCAGUGUAUUCCAUGUCUACAUGGACUCACCCUGACUUGACGCUCAUGACUAUCAUUGAAGAUUGCAUUUCAUCUCUUUGAAUUUGGUUUAAUCUGGGCUUCUGAGUUUUUAACAAGUACUAAUAACAGAAAACUUCUGAUGAAGCUACAUGGUGUGAAUCCAACAUAAGGAGCAAAAAUAUAUGAAGGAUAAAGAAUAGCAUGUCACAUAAAAAUAGUUUUUGAAUUUUAAAGUCAUAUUCCAAUUCAGUAUGUUCAUAAUGAUUCCAGAUGAUUAAAAGGAUCAUAAGCCGAUACUCAAACUCUCAGUAUAAUAAAAUGCAAUUAUAGGACAUAACUGGGGAAAUCAAUCAAGCUGUAUGACGAGAAAAUAUAUACAGACACAAGGAGAAGAAGAAAAGUGUGUAUUUGGUAUUCUAUCAACAUUUUAAAUAGUUGCACUUUAUUUGAAAUAGGGCUCUAUAAGAAAGUGAUUUGAACUAUGGAAUAAAUCCCAUGUGGAUACACUUGCAUAAGAUUGGGCUGUUUAUUUUUAAUGGUAUAUAUAAAUUUAGAAAUAAACAUUGGAAGCAAAUAUUGCUGAGCUUCUUUCUAAUCACUUCCUAUUUUCAGUAAUUGUAAAGUUCAGUAUGGGGCUUGUGUCUGUAUAAGUGUGCGAGAAAAUAAUUUGAGCAGAUAUGCAAUAUCCAUAUUCAACAGGGGGCUGUGAUGAUAUUAUUGCAUAGAAGGGUAAGUGGAGUGAUGAUUGUAUAUCAGGCACUCCCUGUGGAAAUUGGGAUACUAGUUAGGAAGUACCAAUACACAUGGGUAAAGCGCUAGAUGUAUAUUGGGACACUCUUUUAGUGUUCUUUCGUAAUUCAGUACUUAGUCUUGUAGCACCUCUGCUACAUGGCUAAGUAUGUAUAAAGUUAUGCAAGGGAGACCACACCAUAGAACAGUGAUCAUUACUAUUAUUUUCCCUUCUCAUAAGUGUAUAAUCACACAAGAAUAAUAAUAAGCAAUUAAGAUUAAAAAUGGGCGAAUUAAUUUAUGGUUGUUGCUAAUGAUAACACCUAUUCCCACAAAAUUUUCUCUUUAAUUUUUAAAAAUACAUACAUACAUACAUACACACACACCCAAACCAUAAUUUUGCAGUUUUAUAUAAAGGAUGCUAUUUUACCCACACCAUUGUAUAUAAUGGGACUUGAGAAUUUGAGAAUCUAUAGAUAUUCCUGGAAUCAUAGACUACAAAGGACCCAUUGUUCUGACCUCUGCGUAAAGUAGUGUGGGACUAGGUUUUAUGCCCCAAAUCCACUUGGUCUCUUCCAUAUAUGCAAGGUUCCCUAUAAAGGUGUUUGCAUAUAUUUUCUCAAUGCCUGCAUUUAGAGCCUUAUCACAUGAGCCUUCUCUCCCAUUGUAAUUGCAUUGUCUAUAAAAAUGAUAUAAAAUCACAAUUGCUGUCUCUCCUUGGCCAAUAUAUGGACCAUUUGAAAAUUUCAGCAUCUGUUAGUACCAAAACCUUAAUGGACACAGUCUAACUUCCCACUAGACUCUAACAUUAUCUCCAUCCCUGAAGUUCCAGUAAUGAAGAGACGGAACACAAGCAAACCGACCCCUACUUGAGUCCAGUGCCUAUUAAAGGUUCUUGUUGGAGGACUCUCCCUCUCUCCUCUCAUUCCUCCCCAUAUUUUGCAGUUAUGGCAUUAUGAAAGCAAGCUCAGGAAUUAUCCAUACAUGGAAAGGGGCAAGUAGAAAGUCAAAGCCAAAUCCUGUCUUCUCUCUUGUGUUUCCUUUCCACCACCAGUCCUAUGCGUUCCAAUCCUAAAGCAGCACUGGUGUGCAUGUGUGCAUAUGUAUGCCUGUGUGUGUGAGAGAAAAUGGGGCAUUACCACACCAUAGCAUUGUAUUGUUGUGGCAACAAAGACUCCAGAAAGUGGCAGGAUAUCUCACCCAAAGCACAUUCCCAUUAACCACCCAAAAUCUGCAUAGCAGCACAAUUGAACUUUCAGAGAGAAAAUAAUAUAGUGUGACAGAAGCAGAAAAGGGGUUCAAUAAAAGAUUCCUUUUGUGUGUUAGUAAUAAGAAUCACAAAUGCAUAUUAAAAAUAUUUCAAGUUGUAAUGAAUGAGAAAGACUUGCAUGUAAAAAAGCCAUGUGUACACAUCUGCACUUAUGUGUACGUAAGAGCUCUCUCUCUCUCACUCUCUCACUCUCUGUGUGUGUGUGUAUACACACACAGACACACAGAGCAAGAGCAAUAAGUAUUUGAGGCAUGAAGUGUUCUUUCUUUGGUCUACAUUAACAUCCUAUACCAUGACCUGCUUUCCUAGCAGAAUUUACAGUGGCAUUGCAGCCAUAUAUGUUGAGCUAUGAGUAUAAACAACGAUGAGGAUUUUUCUCAAUGCUUUUUACCAGAUAUGUGCAAAGUGUGAAAUACUAUUCUGCAGAGGAAGAAAGGAAACAUUGGCUAUUGUAUUUUGUACAUAAGUUUGGUCAAAAGCAAAAUGUAGUAUUCCAUUUGUCUAGACUAGAUUCAUAGUGCUUUCAUGGUAAAGAAAAUACUAUGUAUUGAUUUUUGUUUUAAAAAAAUUGUGCUACUAAUGAAUUGAAAAAAUUCCAAGCUAUAUAUUUGAAAAUUGAGCAUUUAUUACACAUUAAUUUUUCAUAACAAAAAAGUAAAUAAAUGUACGCAGAACUACGUGUUGAACACAAUGUAAAAAAAAUAUAUAUAUUUCAGAGGGGUUUUUUGUGGAAAAAAGGUCACUGUAAAUAUAAUAAAUAUUGUACUGAAUAUAUCUAUUGUCUGUGUUUUUAAAGAAAAUAAAAUUACCCACAUUCUUAUGUUC